GAAGAUUUUAUCAAAGCAAUAGCAAAUGACAUCAAUUUCAAAGGAUACAAACUUAUAUGGACAACUCUCGCUCAAGACAUAAAACAUAUUCCAAAAACAGAUUUCCACAUAUCAAGAGGAAAUACACUACAACAACAAAAAUCAGUACAGACACAAUGGAUCCAAUAG